AUGUGUCAAUUUGAGGGCCUGAGGCGGAGGGUGGCGGCCCGGCGCUGGAGUCCGCGAGUCGGGCUGGUGUGCCGCCAGGCGCGGGGCGUGCGGCGAGCAGAGCCGGCAGGAGCGCGCCGGGCAGCCGCCGCCGCCGCCGCCGUCCCGUGCGCGGGCGGCAGGAUGGAGCUGAACUCUUUGCUGCUGCUGUUGGAGGCGGCCGAGUACCUGGAGCGUAGGGACCGAGAGGCCGAGCACGGCUACGCCUCUGUGCUGCCCUUCGACGGCGACUUCGCCAGGAAGAAAACAAAGACGGCCGGCCUGGUGCGCAAGGCCCCGAACAACAGGUCUUCACACAACGAACUAGAAAAGCACAGACGAGCUAAACUCAGGCUCUACUUGGAGCAGCUCAAGCAGCUGGUACCCCUGGGCCCUGACAGCACACGCCACACUACUCUGAGCCUCCUGAAGCGUGCUAAGAUGCACAUCAAGAAACUGGAGGAGCAGGACCGCAGGGCACUGAGCAUCAAGGAGCAGCUUCAGCGGGAGCAUCGCUUCCUAAAGAGACGUUUGGAGCAGCUGUCAGUGCAGAGUGUAGAGCGAGUGCGCACUGACAGCACUGGUUCUGCUGUGUCCACAGAUGACUCAGAGCAAGAGGUGGAUAUAGAGGGCAUGGAGUUUGGCCCUGGGGAGCUGGACAGUGUUGGCAGCAGCAGUGAUGCCGAUGACCACUACAGCCUACAGAGCAGUGGCUGCAGCGACAGCAGCUAUGGGCACCCUUGCAGGCGGCCUGGCUGCCCUGGCCUUUCGUAGGCUCCAUGUUCUUUGCUUCUUGGCCCACCUGCCUGCUCACCUAGCCAAGCGUCUCAGCCUUCCAAUCCUCCCUUGACUGAAGCCAGCCUCGUCAUGGGCCUACUGCUGUGCCAUUCUCGAAGCUACAGCUGCUGCCUGGUCUGCCUGCCUCUGCCUGCCCACCCUUCGGUCAGGACUCAAGUUGCCUGCCCCUUCUCCGCAGGGCAAGACCCCAUGCAGAGAAGCAGGGUCAGGCUCUCGCAUCCUGGAGCCCAGCAUAGCCGUCCACAAUCUGUUCUCAGAUUCCUAAUCAUUCCAGAAGUAUUAAAUAUCAUUUCUACAAAUCUCGGCAGGAUCCGUGUAGGGGCCUUAAUGACCACAAUGGGGAGCUUGAACCCCAACAUCGGAUCCCAGGAGAGAGGAAUGGACUGAGGAAGGAAGGAAGGAAGGAAGGAAGGAAGGAAGGAAGGAAGGAAGGGAGGGAGGGAGGGAGGGAGGGAGGAAGGGAGGCAGGAAGGUGCUGCUGUCUGUCUAUCCAUCUAUCCAUCUACAUCCACAUAGUCUUCUGAGGUGUGGACAGAGGGAUCUGAAGGGUAGGACUUGAUGAGCAUCUGGGCCUCCUUUUCCAUGGUGUCAGGAGCCAUGGGGGGAUGCUCCUGGGGUCUGGCUAGACCACCUCAAGUCAAGUUGGGUGACUUCUGCUCUUUUAGGACCAUCAGAUGUAUACAUAAAUGCCUAGGCUCACACCCACAAGCACAAAUACACAUGGACGUCGGAGAAUGUAUGUCUUGGGAUAGUUGGCCUGAGGUCACUUGGAAAUGGUGGCCCCUAACCUGUGCCUGACUCUACUCAGGCCCCUCCUCACCUGGGCCAGUCCAGAUGGCUCUGCUUGCUCUGCACAGGAAAUAGGGCUUUUCUUCCUGGCAGGAGACUGGAAUAAGCUGGGUAGCAAGCUGAAAUCACUGGGUCCUCCAAGCUUUCUCAACUUCCUUUCUUAAGAAAAGAAAAAAAAGAAAAAAAAAGUGUGACAGGGAGCUCCCAGAAGGGGCCUCAUGAGCCCUGCCCAGGGCAGCCUCAGCUGGCAGAGGCUUUACCCAAAACACAAAAAGAAACAUUUUUAAAAAGAGAAAAAAGCUCUGAAGACUCGCCAAGGGACAUGAGUGUGCCUCCUCUAUUUCCUGUAUGAAAUUUUUGUACUCUAUUUUCCUAGCCAUUGUUGUGUCCUUGUUUGCUGAUGGGUGGGAGCAACCCAGUGUCUCAGGGACCCAUCCUCUGUCACAUUGUCAUAGUGUGCCUUGUGUUCCCUGUCUCACCCCACCCACUGCCACCAGCAUGCCCCUGUGGCUUAUGGGAUGCGCCAGGCCUCCUGGUAGGUGCCCCCUUCACUGCUUUCCUACAGGUAGUUCCUCCCAGCAGCUGCAUCCUCCUGGGAGGGACAUGUACAUGCCUGUGUGGCUGCCAUGGCUGAUUCUGUAUCCUGCAGGGCUAUGACCUGGCCUCCAGUGGUGCCUUCAUGGUAACUGGCAGUGUGACUGUGCCUGAAAGUUCAGGAGAGCAGGCCUGUUAGCAUAGGGCCUGGUCUCUGGACUUGGGCAAGGGCCUGGAGUGUCAGCCAUGGGCAGCUUAUAAAUAUAGUAGUUCUGGAGGUAGUACGAGCCUGGCCAGGAGGCUUCUGUUGGCCUUUCAAAACUAGAAGACCUUGUUUCUAGGGGCACCACACAGCAAUAUUUGGGUAGUGGCCACAGGCUAGCCCACAGCAGCACCUGCCACCUCUUCUGGUGCAUUUGUAAACAAUUUCCAAACUGUGGGGAAAAUUCUUAUUUAUCUUCAGUCAUGCCAGUGAGCACCCUAGGGUGGGAAACCUACUGAUAGCACAGUAAGAUUUCUGGAAACAACUCUGGCAUAGAACCUGUUCUUCGGGCACUCAAAAUGACAGGUGGACAGCAGGCCUGGGUAGGAGUCCCUGGAAUAGAAAGAUACCCAACAUCUUAGAAAGCUGGUUCUAUCUACAUUUUCUGCCCAACUCGGGGCUUCAGUGUCUGCCUGAGCAUUUCCCCCCAGACAUUUGUCCUGAGCACACCCACCCCUUAGCACAGGACAGAGCUCUGUUUAAAGGCUUUGCCUCAGGGCUCUAGAACUCCAGGGCUCCUGAUGUGUCCUGAAUUCUUUUAUCAUCAACUCCCUGCUCCAUCUCCAGCACCUCAGAUUCUGCUUCCACCCCUGCCAGCAGAGUCCACUCCUGGUGACCAGAUUGGCCCCCUUGGCUGAAUUUUGUGGCAGCUCAGCCCUUUGCCUUUUUAGGCUAUGGAUCCCAUGUAGCCUGGGAGUUGGCCUCUUCAGUCACCCAGGGGUGCUAGCCAGCUGCCCCUCCCACUAGCAGGCAUGUGAGGGGUGGUCCAUAGGCAUGGGGGCUGGUGCUAAGAGUUAAUGUCUAUUACUCGCUCUCCUGCUCUCUACCAUUUACAAAGUAUGGCCAUCACUGGUAGCCAUGGGAUUCAGCCAAGGCUAUUGUGUGUCUGUAGAAGAAAGCUGGACCAAAAUAGCUGCUGCUAUGUCCUCCACCUGCGCCUGUCCAUGUGAGCCAUAUGGUGCUCUACAACAGAGUCUGGAACUCCAGGCUCAGGCUUGGACCUCUUUACUAGGAGGUGAUCCAGACAUACCAGACCCACCAUCUGCUGCAGGCCCACCUGGUCUAGCAGGAGAGGACGCAGAGGUUUUUUGUCUCUAUAUGGGCCCUAGGCCUGCCUCUGUAUUUCUAACCUGCAGGUGCUUGAGCUUGCAUUUCUAGGCAGAUGGAGUUUUGCACCAAACUGUGGCUGGACAGACCCUACCCUUCUGUGUGCCCCAAGCCUUCCCUGCCUCUGGUGGGUCAGUUAGCCUCUCACCCCUUGUGUCUGCACAGAGGGUCUUGAUCCCAGGCCAGCAAGCAAGUUCUCAGGCCUCUAAACUAGGGCACUAGGGCAGGUUCCGUGCCAGAGUCUGGGGCUACACAAGGGGCCUGGUGCCAGUGCAGUGGGUGAGUUAUGAGACCUGAGCUGCAGACUGGAAUGGGACCCCAUCCCACCUGUCUAACAGAUGGGGCUGUGCUGUGUCAUUCUGUCAUUGUAAUAUAAAUACAGAUUUUUAUACCUCA